GGCGUCCUCCGGUUACAGCUCGUCAACGUCGCUUACGGAGGAAAGUCCAGCGCGUGUCAUGAGUUCACCAGCUUUACAGCCGUUCCAAGCGUUAUCAAACCAAAAGCUGUCCGUACAGGCCAAGAAAAUGGUGCACAACGUUUACGCACAAGUAAGAAAAAGUGACCCGCAGCUGUCUGUGAGAGCCGCAUGUCGGAAGGUCAGCGAGCUGACUGGUGUUAGCGAACGCAGUGUCUUCCGUAUUAAGCUCGACGUAAAUAGUGGCACCCUGAAGUCACCGAAGCUCAAGCGCCUGCGUCUCCCAGCCAUGAAUGCCCGUGCGAAAACCGGGAGGACAAGACUGGAACUUCACGACAGCUUCUCCCUCGCGGCUCUACGAAGAAAAGUGCAUCAGUUUUUUCUGAGAAAUGAAAUUCCGACAGCUGCAAAACUCGUUCAUGAUGUGACCAGUGACAGUGACAUGAACAUGCCUAAAAUGAGCGUGCGAACGAUGCAAAGGCUGCUUAAUGACAUCGGUUUUUCCUUUCGCAAGCGGAAGAGACAUUGUGCGCUCUUGGAGAGGAACGACGUCGUCAUGUGGCGACGGCAGUACCUGCGUACCAUCCGACAACAUCGCGCUCAAAAACGACAUAUAUACUACCUUGACGAAACCUGGGUCAACGCCGGACAUACAAAGGACAAAGUAUGGGAAGACGCGAACGUCACGACACGGGAGGAUGCCUUUCGGCAAGGCCUGACCACAGGGCUUCGCGCACCAAGCGGCAGAGGUGGCAGGCUCAUCCUCUUGCACGCCGGUAGUGAGGACGGGUUCUUGAAUGCAGCGUGCCUUCUUUUCCGAGCUACAAAACGAACUGGUGACUACCACGCCGAAAUGGACGGGCCGCGCUUUGAGAUGUGGUUCACUGAACAGCUUUUGCCAAAUAUCAAACCGCACAGUGUCAUAGUGAUGGAUAAUGCACCAUAUCACAGCGUUCGCCUCGAGAAAGUUCCAACGUCAUCAACACGAAAGGCUGACAUCCAGUCUUGGCUGACACAGAAGAAUAUCGCGUUUUUCCAAGACCAAUUAAAAGCAGAGCUGUUGGAUUUGGUGAACGACCACAAGAAGAUGUUUUCCGCCUAUCGCGUGGAUGUUUUGGGGAAGGCUGUCGGUCACGACUUCGUGAGGCUUCCUCCCUAUCAUUGCGAAUUUAAUCCUAUUGAAAUGAUAUGGAGCCAGGUGAAAGGCUACGUCGCUGCUAAUAAUACAUCAUUCACUCUUGCCGGCGUUGAAAAACUGGUACCCGAAAGCAUCGCUCUCGUAACGCCUGACAAUUGGCUCCGGGCGUGUAAUCAUGUUGAAAAAAGCGAGGACGAAUUUUGGCAACGUGACGGCCUCAUCGACGCAAAGCUCGACCAGCUUAUAAUUCCACUCGGAUCAGAUUCCAGCAGCGAGAGUGACGAUAGUGACAGUAACAUGAGCGGAAUGGAAUACCUCAGGUGAUUCUGAACACAGUCGUGAAUAUAAACACAGUUAAUGUAAACCGUAGC